UGUCAUUUUUGCUUUGUGGCUUGUGCUUGUUAAUUUGUGGACGCGAUUGCGAAUUCUUAUUGUUUUACUCUAAUCGACCGUGUCUUUCUUCUGUGUAAUCGUAUCGCAAGCAAUACAUCGCGAGAUAUAGUUUUAUAGUUUAAAGUUACCUUUAAUAAGUUUAAACUAUAAAAAUGGCAGCGGUUCAAGCCAAGCCCCAAUGGCCGGUUCGUCCAGGAAUCCAGCAUCAAAAUAGCCAGAAUGCCUCAAGCUUAACGUUAAAUAGAUCGAUAAACUUAUAUCCUCUAACAAAUUACACAUUCGGCACCAAAGAACCGCUGUUUGAAAAAGAUGCAUCGGUACCGGCUAGGUUCCAGAGAAUGCGUGAAGAAUUUACUAAAAUCGGCAUGAGACGGUCUGUGGAAGGAGUACUAUUAGUACAUGAACAUGGUUUACCGCAUGUGUUGUUACUGCAACUUGGGACUGCUUUCUUCAAGCUACCAGGUGGUGAACUUAAUCCUGGAGAAGAUGAAAUUGAAGGGUUAAAGAGAUUGCUUACGGAGACUCUUGGGAGACAAGAUGGAGUUAAACAGGAUUGGCUUAUUGAAGACACAAUUGGAAACUGGUGGCGUCCAAACUUUGAACCACCACAGUAUCCCUACAUUCCACCCCACAUAACUAAACCUAAAGAACAUAAACGUCUCUUCUUAGUGCAGUUACAGGAUAGGGCAUUAUUUGCUGUACCCAAGAACUAUAAAUUAGUGGCUGCUCCUCUAUUUGAGUUAUAUGAUAAUGCUCAGGGAUAUGGGCCGAUUAUUUCCUCCCUUUCACAAAGUUUAUGUAGAUUCAAUUUUGUAUAUAUGUAAUUGUCACCUAGUAAAGUUAGCUGUCAUCAACAUGGCAGUUGACAUGUCUACAUUGUCAAGAGUAAUGCAUGUAUAAAAGUGGUCUCUGUUGUUUAGGGAAAACUAUGAUAAAUCCAACUUUAUGUAAAACAUUACCUUGUCAAUUAACUUUUUAAUGCCAAGAUUUAUACUUUUGAACUGACAGUUUUACUGUAAGAGUUCAUCUGUUAAAUUUAAAACAAAAUUAUAUGGGCUGACAUUCACAGACUUUUUAACCUUAUUCUUUUUAACUAUUGUUUAACAUAAAUGAGCAUUUAUUAAGGGUGGGUAAGGGCCUAAAUAGAUACAGAAGCAAAUUUUAGUGCUAAGUGUGACUAGAUUGGACUACAUCCAGAAGGUAUAAUUUGUGCCAAGUCUUCUCUGAUUCAUACCCUAUAGGUAUAAAGAACAAGAGGUUUAUGGAUAUUACAAUUCGUUUAUAUAUUUUUAAGCAUUAUAAGCAUAAUAGUUGAAUAUGUAACAAGCAUUUAGUUUGACAUUUAAACCAUUGUUUAAAAAUUGUAAAGCUGUUAAAAGGUUAGUGAACUGAAGCCCAUAUUUAUGUAAAGGCAUACACAAGUAUGAGGUAUUGUGUAGGUCUAUUCAUAUUGUAUUGUAAUAUUAGUGUAAGCAACAUUGACAUAUGGAAUAAAUUGUGUGUUUCAUUUGUAAAUCAAGACAGAAGAAAGAAGAUUGUAUUAGUUUUAAGUUAUCAAAGACUGAUUUUAAAAUGAAUUUUAAGAGAACUCUGCCUUAAAGGCAUUUUAUACAAACAUAAUAUGGCUGUUUUUAAUAUUAAGAUAACUCGGUCUUAAAGGCAUCUAUUUAUACAAACAUAACAUGGCUGUUUUUAAUAUUAAGAGAACUCGGCCUUAAAGGCAUUUCAUACACACAUAACAUGGCGGUUUUUUUAUAUUCAGAGAAAUCAACCUUAAAGGCAUUGCAUACCAAGAACAAAGAUUGUUUUUAAAAUUUAUAUGAAGAGAACUCGGCCUUAAAGGCAUUUUAUACAAACAUAACAUGGCGGUUUUUAUGUUAAGAGAACUCGACCUUAAAGGCAUUUUAUACAAACAUAACAUGGCGGUUUUUAUGUUAAGAGAACUCGACCUUAAAGGCAUUUAAUACAAACAAUGUAAAGAUUGUUUUUAAAAUUAAUAUUAAGAGAACUUGGCCUUAAAGGCAUUUUAUACAAACAUAUGGCUGUUUUUUAUAUUAAGAGAACUCGACUUUAAAGGCAUUUCAUACAAACAAUGUAAAGAUUGUUUUUAAAAUUAAUAUCGAAUGAACUCAGCCUAAUAGGCAAACAAUA